UGGUGUUCUCCCCUCCCCUCUGUGGUGGAGCCAGUGUCUUAGGUAGAAGAUAUUUUUAUGUAGAAUUGUCACACUGAGAUAGUCACACGAGAGCCCUCAUCAUGGAACUCACUCCUAUAUGGCUUCUGUUUGUGCUGAGUAGUGUACCUGUAUCUAUCAGUGUCACAGUGCCUACAUUGACAGUACACCCCAGCUCAGUGUUCUCUGGGGAAUCAGUCACUCUGACAUGUGGAAUACAGCCCUCAACUGGCUGGACAUAUCAGUGGGAUAUUCCCGGGUCAUCCAGAGACUUUGAGACAAACACCAGCUUCUACACAAUCAGCGAAGCCACUGUGUCUGAUCAGGGGGAGUAUAAGUGCUAUGGAGUGAGCGAGAGAAGCAGGAAGACGUCAUAUAGCAACACAGUUCAACUCACAGUGGAGGAUGGAAAUGUGAUCCUUGAGAGUCCUGCCUAUCCUGUGACUGAGGGAGAUCCUCUGACUCUGCGCUGUAGAUAUCGCUACCAGCCAUCAAACAUCAGUGCUGACUUCUAUAAAGAUGGGACACUCCUGCAGAACUCCACCACAGGAGAGAUGACCAUCCCUGCAGUCUCAAAGUCACAUGAAGGCCUCUAUAAGUGCAGCAACCCAGAGAGAGGAGAGUCAGCAGGGAGCUGGGUCACAGUCCAAAAUGCUGGGUCCUCUAAGUUGGUGGUGGUAGCAGUUUGUGUGGUUGGACUGCUUUUUGCCUUUGCUCUGGUCAUUGUAAUUGUCCUGCUGUAUCGCCGUUGCAAAGAUUCAGGUUCAGGUACACUGAGGCGACAACCAGACUGGCAAGAUCAGAGCACCAAUCAGAGCUCAGACCCCGACCAGAGGACCAAUCAGAGUUCAGAGCGGAAUCAGAGUCAAUCUGCAGAAAGAAAGGGAGCUCAGUCAGAGUAUAUGCCUCUGCAGAAGAGAAGUACAGAUGACUAUGACACCCUCACACCCUUGUAUAUGCCACUGCAGAAAGAUUAUGAGGAGGAAUAUGACGAUGUGGAUGUCUAAUUGAGAAGAUGAAAAUGAGAGAGAGAUAACGAAAUACAGUCACUAACACGAGCGGUUUUCCUGAAAUCAAUUCUGUGAGUGACAACAGCGCCAUCGUCACCUGCGGUGGAACAGAGAAUUACAGUGAAUCAGACUGCUUCACCAACUUUUCGUUUUGCUUCACUACCAUAGAUAUCUUUCCCCAUUGACUUCAAUGUAAAUCGAGUGAAACCCCAGGUGGCUCGUGGAUUUUUUCCGUUUCAAUUGAUCCUUAUGGCAGAUAAGUUCAACCCAUGAAAUCACACUUCCUGCCGUUGAGUAUGAUUGACGCAACAGCCAAUCACUGUCUCCAUUAGUGAGCUUGCUUGGCAUAACUUUUCAGUUGCCUUCAGUGACCUUACUAGAGUUUCAUUAUAAAUUGUGUAACUCAUUCACAUAGUUUUACAUUCAUUUUGUAAGGUAGCCUACAUCGGAUUUUUUUCUGUCCGUGUAACGCUUUGCAGUGCUUUGUUCUAUUU